UCUACAUGACUGUUGAUCGGUACAUCAUUUCAGGACAGCAGCUCAGCCACAGCAAAGUUGCAUUUUUCGGGGAUUACUUCCACCAAAGAGAGCCUGAGGGUCGGGGGGAUGGAGUUUAAUCUGCUGGCGGACGCCGAGGCCCGCAGCCCCGCACUGUCUCUGUCCGACUCCGGCACACCGCAGCACGACGCGGCGUGUAAAGGCCAGGACACCAGCGACACGGAGAAAUCCCAUCAGAAUCAGACAGAUGAAUCAAACCCUGAGGACGGCUCUUUGAAGAAGAAGCAACGCAGGCAGAGGACGCAUUUCACCAGCCAGCAACUACAGGAACUGGAGGCCACUUUCCAAAGAAACCGUUACCCAGACAUGAGCACACGAGAGGAAAUUGCCGUAUGGACAAAUCUCACAGAAGCAAGAGUGAGGGUAUGGUUUAAAAACCGUCGUGCCAAGUGGAGAAAGAGAGAAAGGAACCAGCAGGCUGAGCUGUGUAAGAAUGGCUUUGGUGCCCAGUUUAAUGGACUCAUGCAGCCAUAUGAUGAUAUGUACUCUGGCUACUCAUACAACAACUGGGCCACCAAGAGCUUGGCUAGCAGCCCCCUAUCAGCCAAAAGCUUCCCUUUCUUUAACUCUAUGAAUGUUAGUCCCCUGUCUUCGCAGCCAAUGUUCUCCCCACCCAACUCCAUCCCCUCCAUGAACAUGGCCUCCUCCAUGGUGCCCUCAGCCGUGACAGGGGUGCCGGGAUCAGGCCUGAAUAAUCUGGGCAACUUGAACAAUCUGAACAGCCCUACGCUCAACACAGUGGCAGUGUCAGCGGCCACCUGCCCCUACGCCACCACGGCCAGCCCCUACAUGUACAGAGACACUUGUAACUCCAGCCUGGCUAGUCUCCGGCUCAAAGCCAAACAACACACCAAUUUUGCGUACCCGGCUGUGCAAAACCCUGUAUCUAACUUAAGCCCGUGUCAGUAUGCAGUAGAUCGGCCUGUAUGA